AUGGCCGCAGUCGAGGUCGAGGAGCUGCAGGGCCGAGGACUGCAGACGGCCAAGGAUCUGUUCUCAGGGGCCGUGGGAGGAAUCGCGCAGGUCUUGAUCGGCCAGCCCUUUGACAUUGUCAAAGUCCGGCUCCAGACGACGAGCCGGUACUCGGGCGCCGUGCACGCCGCCGCCUCCAUCUACCGAAACGAGGGCGCGCUCGCCUUCUACAAGGGCACGCUCACGCCGCUCCUGGGCAUCGGGGCCUGCGUCUCGAUCCAGUUCGGCGCCUUCCACGCCGCGCGGCGGUGGCUCGGCGCCAGCGCGCGCGGCGGCGUCCUGGCCGCCGUCUACCGCGGCACCGCCGUCACCGUGUGCCGCGAGGCCGCCGCCUACGGGGCCUGGUUCGCCGCCUUCGAGUACCUCGUGAGCCGGGACGCCGCGCGCAACGCCGUCCACCGCAGGGACGUCCCCGCCUGGAAGAUCGCCCUGUACGGCGGCCUGGCCGCCAAGGCCCUCUGGCUCGCGAGCUACCCCUUCGACGUUGUCAAGAGCAAGAUGCAGACGGACGGCUUCGGCCCCGGCCAGAAGUACCCCAGCAUGCGGGCCUGCUUCGCCGCCACCUGGCGCGCCGACGGGCUCGCGGGCUUCUGGAGAGGCAUCUGGCCGACGCUGUUUCGUGCCAUGCCCGUCAGCGCGGGCACUUUUGCCGUUGUGGAAAUGACCAUGAGAGCUAUCGGCUGA